GCAGCUCGGCUUCGGGGGCCGCCAUGUUGUGUGGCCCUUGGGGCGGCCGGGCCAGGCGCCGGGGCCGGGGAUGGCGGCGUCCUCCUCUUCCUCGCCCCCCUCCGCCAACGCCAGCCCCAAUCCUUCCCCCGGCUCGUCCAGCAAGUGGCUCUCUGGGGUGAACGUGGUGCUGAUCAUGGCCUACGGGAGCCUGAUCUUUGUGCUGCUCUUCAUUUUUGUCAAGAGGCAGAUCAUGCGCUUUGCUAUGAAGUCCCGCCGAGGCCCCCAUGUGCCGGUUGGUCAGCAUGCGCCUAAGGGCCUAAAGGAAGAGAUCGACAUCCGACUGUCACGGGUUCAAGACAUCAAGUACGAGCCUCGGCUGUUGUCCUUCAACGACAUCAGGCUGCUUCAGCUGGAGUCGCCUCGAAACCCAUGUUCUUAUAACUACGUGUAUAGAAUGAAGGCCUUGGAUGCCGUUAGAGAAUCAGAUAUCCCAUUCACUGCCGAAGGCCGGCACCCCAAAUCCUUGAUAGGGAAGAAUUUCCGAGCCUACCUAGUGGACCUGCGCAACUCUAGCACCCCCUUCAAAGGCAUCCGCAAGACUUUGAUUGACACUCUCCUGGACGGGUACGACAGCGCCCGCUAUGGCACAGGGACUUUUGGCAAAGCAGAAUUCCUCAAGUACCAGGAAGCUUUGUACGAGCUGGCAGCAAUCAUCAAGGCCCGAGGAGGCGGCAGCCAGCGGCAGCAUCAGUCGGCAGCCAAGGACCUGACCCUCUCGCCCGACAUCUCCGGCCCCACCAUCCAGGUCACCUACCUGCCUUCCAGCCAGAAGAGCAAGCGAGCCAAACACUUUCUGGAGCUCAAGAGCUUCAAGGACAACUACAACACGCUGGAGAGCACCCUGUGACGCCUCCCAAGCCACCCACGCCCCAAAAAGACGAUGACCGGGGGGGGGAUGCGUCACCCCUUCUCUUGUGGCCACGGGGUGCCGUUGUGUU